CUGAAAUCAACACGCAGCGUGUUAUUGACCAUGUUCCAGUAUGCGUAAAAUCAGUACUAGAUAGAAUUUUAAUAUCUCAAUUGUAAUAUGGUGAAAAUAGUAUUCUUAAAGCACCCGGGUGGUCUGCUAUUUUAGAUGAGAAAUUGAAGUGCACACUAUCAUCCACAAUUUCUCAAAUAGUGACGCUGCACUAAAUUAAUGAUUGAUGCUUUAUUGAAUUAAACUAUAUAGGAAACAUUUAAUAAGAAAAAGUUAAAUGAAGAAAAGCCAAAAUGCAUGGAGUGUUUGAUACUUGUUAGUAUGUCCCGGUACUCGCAUACUUGUUUGCUACACACUCAAAUCUAUGUACUUUUGCAUAAAUAAAAAAACUUUUAGUGCAAAGUAUAAAGUGCUUGAGAAAAGUAAAGAAAGUGUGUGGUGCAUAGCAAAGGAGUGUGCAAGUACUGAGAGACAUACUAACAUAAAACGAAAAGACAGCUGUUUAAUCACAUUUUGUGAUUUUUAACAGUCACACACAAAGCUGCAUUUUUUGGUUUUCUUCAUUUAUUAUUUAUAAAUGUUAUUUUAAAUUAUUAAUUCAGUGUAUAAUCACUAAACAACACUUUAAUGAUUUAUGCGUAUAUCAGCGCAACAUCCGGGUACUUUAAGGAUGCAUACUGUGUGUGGGACAUACUAAUUCAAAUUUUUAAUACUAUUAAGGCCAGACAGAAUGUGAAUUUGAACACAGCAUCUAGUGUGUAAACAUUUUGUUUGCAGGAUGUUACUAUCACCUAAAUACUUCCAAUCCCCAGUCUAAUUAAUUGCUUCAUUGACACCUCUGUUAAUUUGACGCGGGGUCAAAGGCGCAAAUACACAACUGUUUCCGCGCACGAGCGCAGACCAGACGAUGAAAGCGCAAAUGCGCUCGCACCUCAUCAUCCAAUUAUCUCUAACCUGUUAGUUUUUCCUUUGAUUACAGUCCAAACAGGGUGUUGAAUAAACAAGUUGUCGUGCCGUGGACCAAAUGUUUCAGUCGAUUUGUUUUCGAAAUGUUUAUCUAAUCUGUGAGGUAAACGCACAUUUCUGAGGAUGGUUUUUGACCGUUGGACGCAUGACGAAACGCGUCACGCGUGUGAAUAUUGCUGAAUUUUAAGACCUGAGUGAAUUUUUACCUCGGAUUAAAGUCAUGAGUGUCACUCAUUCAGCGCCGUCAACCAAUCGUGAGCGAUGUGGGUGGAGUCUUACCGCAACACUGGGUUGUCCUAAGAAGUCUCCGAGCACGUCUUGAGGGCACUUGAAGACUGGCAGAGUUGAAUGCAAAGACGAAGAACAGACGAAGCACUGAUCCUGCUCGCAUACUACAUCUGAGUUUCACAGCGAUGUUGCCCGUGCAAGGCUUCUGCACUACUUAGUAUUUCUUCUGCAUUCAUAGGAAUCUCAAUUUGCGCUUUUACGCAAAGGACGCAUUAGGGUAUUUUAAUCUAAAGAAUCUCAUUGCAUGGAUUAUUUCGUAAAGAAAAUCCUGUAGUGUGUCAGUUGCACAGAAGAUGAUGUUUUAGAGGAUUUGGCGAAUUGUUUCUUUUUACAAGUGAGAGCAUUACGCAUCGGAUUCUUCGCGUACAAGUGACCCAUUUGUGCCUUUGGAUCUCUUACUUGUAGAGACAUCCCGAUUAUAAUAUCACAUUUGUACUGGUGGACUCAAUUUACACAGUAAUGGAUACAACUAUUUGGAGUUAUUUAUUGGCUGCUCUUCUUGUGCUUUGCCGAGUCAAACUGGCCCAGUCUACUAUCUUAGAGUCAAUCUAUUGGAAUACAUCCAACAGCAUGUUCGUCCCAGGAAAGGGUAUAGUACUAUACCCACAGAUCGGGGACAAAAUGGACAUUGUGUGUCCACGAAUCAAGACAGGCACCGCUGAGCAGAGAAACAUCGAAUACUUCCGGGUUUAUCUUGUUACCAAAGAGCAAUUGGAGACCUGUCACGUCGCUAACGGGGAUGUGGCGCUGCUCAACUGUGACAAGCCGGACCAGGACGUGAAGUUCACCUUCAAGUUUCAAGAGUUCAGUCCCAACCUGUGGGGCCUGGAGUUCGUGAAAGGAAAAGAUUAUUACAUCAUCUCCACAUCGAACAGUACUGUAGAAGGUUUGGACAAUCACGAUGGAGGAGUUUGUAAGAGCAAAUCUAUGAAGCUCGUACUGCGAGUUGGACAGAGUCCAACAGAUCCGUUCCCAGCGAAACCCCACCCCACAAGAUAUCCCCCGAAAUAUCCAGAAAAUAACGGGGAUCAAGGCACUUUCGACAAAGAAAAUGAUGUCAUCAACAAAGUUGACCCCAUACUGAAUGGGGAGGCCGGUGGAAAGAGCGGAGAGUCUGUGGGGUCUGCCGGAUCAGAAGUGGCCUUGUUUGCAGGCAUAGCGUCUGGCGCCGUUAUCUUCAUCAUCAUCAUCAUUGCUCUAAUUGCGCUCCUGCGUCGCCGUCAUCAAAAACACUCCGCCCAAUGCUCCGCCCAGUUACCGCUGAACACGCUGCCCAAACGCGGCAGCGGGGCAAGCGGAGGAAGCAACAACAACGGCUCCGAGCCGAGUGACAUCAUCUUUCCCCUGCGGACCUCAGGGAGCAUGUACUGCCCGCAUUACGAGAAGGUCAGUGGCGACUACGGGCACCCCGUUUACAUCGUCCAAGAAAUGCCACCGCAGAACCCUGCAAAUAUUUACUACAAAGUUUGACGUGACACUGAAAACGAUCGGAGGAUGCAGAGCGCCACAGCGCCGAGUGGAAAGCUAAAUGCUUGCGUUUUUAACGCUGGACGUCUGUUUUGCGACGCCGCUUACUGGUUUAACCCGAUAAGUUGGACGCUACAAGGGUUAAAGAUCAAGUCUAGUUCAGACGAACUUAUUCAUCGUUGGUCUCGAGUCCUCGUUCUGGAUAAACGUUGGGGCACAUGGAAGUUUGUUUUUGAGGAUUUCUGAAUGAAUUUCAAAAUCUUGAACUAUCUCGCAGAUGAACUCCUGGGAAACCUCAGACAAAGUGACGAAACAAGGCGUUAGGGCCCGAUCAGUCUGAGUAUGUUAUAAACAUUCAAGUCCAUUUUUAAUUUAUUAUUUUUGUUUGUUCUCAUGUUUCUGAACUCCUAUACAUUGAAAAUGUUCAAUACGUUUCUGUCAAUCCAACAUCAGACUAUGGGCAUCCCAGAGCUGGUCUGUUGGAUGCGUAUUACAUAUCACAUUUUCAGCCCUUAUGCAGUUUAAACCAAGCAUUAACGUGCAAGGCUUUACCGGUGUGGUCCUCAAAACGCAUGUGGUUCUUCUUUAGCUUUGGACUUUCUAAGCAACAACAACAAACAAACAAAACUGAAACUCCACAUGAAGAAAGACCCUUUGUUGACUUGUCAAUGUAAAUACAAUAAACAGACAUUUAAAUUA